GCCCAAGCUGCGUGCUUUGACAGUCGCGCUCGGCCGCGCCCGCGCAUCGGACAAAUACAGAAUGCUUGCGCUCGCGUUUGUGCUUGCUUUCGCGAGCGCUUGCGCCGCCAGACCACACAUCGUGCUUAUAGUCGCCGAUGACUUGGGCUGGAACGAUGUGGGCUUCCACGGGUCGAACCAGAUCCCGACGCCGAAUCUGGACGCCCUGGGGAUGUCAGGUGUCAUCUUGCAGCACCACUACGUGACGCCUAUCUGCACACCUUCCCGGUCUGCACUCAUGACUGGGAAAUACCCCAUCCAUACUGGAAUGCAACACAACGUGAUCUACGGCUCUGAGCCGCGAGGUCUGCCGCUGUCUGAAAAGAUCUUGCCUCAAUACCUGAAGGAGCUCGGCUACCGUACCCACCUCGUCGGCAAGUGGCACCUCGGCAGUUACAAGAAGGAAUACUUGCCUAAACAACGAGGGUUUGAGACUCACACUGGCUUCGUUGCAGGUAAAAUUGACAUGUUCGAUCAUACGAACGCGGAAAGGGGGUCUUGGGGAUUCGAUUUCAGGACUGAUUCAGAAUUAGUUGCUCACGAUUUAUUUGGCCAAUACGCAACAGAUGUAUUCACAAAUGAAGCCGUGCGGCGUAUACACGGGCACAAUAAGUCGGAGCCGUUAUUUCUGAUGGUGGCGCACUCUGCCGUUCACACCGGCAACCCUUACGAGCCCAUCCGAGCUCCGGACAAAGAUAUCGAGAAGUUCGCCCACAUCAAGGAUCAACAAAGACGGAAAUUCGCAGGAGUACUAUGGAAACUGGACGAGUCAGUAGGCAAAGUGGUACAAGCCCUGGAAGCUAACGGACUACUGGAAAACUCGAUUAUUCUAUUCACAACUGACAACGGCGGCCCGGCAGCUGGCUUCAACGACAAUGCCGCUUCUAACUAUCCUUUGAGAGGGGUAAAGAAUACAUUGUGGGAAGGCGGAGUGCGUGGUGUAUCAGCGUUAUGGAGCCCACUACUGGUCAGCAGGUCACGUGUGGCCACGCAAACAGUGCACAUCACGGACUGGCUGCCCACGCUUUAUACUGCCGCAGGGGGCGAUACUAGUAUAUUCAAAGAUAUAGACGGUUUCGACCUAUGGGAAGCGUUGUCUCAUGACGUAAAGUCAGACAGAACAUCCAUAGUCCACAACAUAGACGACAUUUGGGGCAGCGCUGCUAUUACUGUUGACCAGUGGAAAUUAGUUAAAGGAACAAAUUACAAAGGAACAUGGGAUAAUUGGUAUGGCCCCGACGGUCGCGAAGGAACUUACGAAGUAGAUCUAAUUUUGAAGUCGCCUGCAGGUCAGGCCAUAAACAAGCUGGGUUUGAUGCCUGAUAAGGACAAAAUCAGGCAAUUAAGAGAGGAAGCUACCGUGAACUGCAAUGCAAGUAUCGUCCCUAUCACAUGUAAACCGCUGGUCGCGCCCUGUCUCUUCAACAUCAAAGAAGACCCGUGCGAACAGAGAAACUUAGCUGAAGAAGAACCAGAAAUACUAGAAAGACUGCUAAAAGAGCUUAGUGAAGCAAACCAAACAGCAGUACCGCCAAACAAUAAAGAAUUAGACGUACGUGGUGACCCAAAGUACUGGGGGCGAGUGUACUUUAACUUUGGAGACUUCGAAAUGGAUGAUCCAAGCCAGAUCAAUUUAUGAAACGACAAAGGCUGAUAAACUAGUAAACCAAACGAUGGGUUCAUGAAUAUUGUUCAAUGCAUUUAAGUGUAUUUGUUGUGAAAUGUUUUAAGUAAGUGAUACAUUCAUACAUAAGUACAAAACAUUUUAUUGUUAAUAUCAAAUAGGUAAUAAAACUUUUUAUUACUUUUGA